UUUGACGAAGGCAACCAAGGCUAUUGCACACGAUGGACAUUCCCCGGUGCGAUGCCGCGCUUCACGAAGCUCUAAAGGAGCCACGCCCCAAGAAGCUUGUAGAUGCUAUCAACGCAUUUCUGAAGCAGACGAAGAAGAACGCUGACGACCCGACGUCGCUGGAGUUCAUCUGCCUCGACUGCAAGAGCGAAGGUGUCGAAGGCAAAGCGCGGGCAUUCUUUGCGUCUCCCCCUGCGAUUGUGCUGUGUGCAAAUAGACUGAACACAACCGAAGAUGUGAAAGAGGUUGUCGUCCAUGAGCUCAUCCACGCAUACGACGUACGUGAUAUCCCCAGAUCAUGGUCAUGCCUCACAAGCUGCAUUUUGCAGUACACGGUGCGGAACAUGGACCUGACGCAACCUGCAGUGUUGGCAUGCAGGUGCAGCUUGUUCCAACUCUCUUGUACUCAUGAUUUACUCGUCCUGAUCUCGGCGUGCCCUCUCUUCCAUGUAGUGAAGUGCGGUCGGCGCGUGAAUCGGAAUGCUACGAGAAGGCUCAGGCGCUUUGCAAGAACCCGCAGUUGACCGUGCUGUUGCAAGGGUGUGAGUGGUGGGUGAAGAAGUGUGUCAAACAAAACGCCGUACUUGCCACAUCGUCGCUCUUUCCAAACGAUGCCGAGAAGCACGUCGACAAGGUUUUUGACGCAUGCUUCAAUGACCACUCUCCGUUCCAUAAAUAAACCCGUCGCACACUGUCCAUUUGGC